UGAUGUUGCAUGUUGGAUGUCGAAACAGGGUUACUGGGCAUGGCGCAUCUGUUGAAAUCUCUUCGAACCAGGCGGCUUCAUUCGACAAUUAAUUACUCAGCUGGAGGUUUGUUUAGAGCCAGACGUCGGCUACCUCCCAGUGGCAAUGAAUGGGGACCUCUGACUGAUAUACCGGACUAUACUAUCAUAGAAAAGCCAAAUCCUCGAUUCACCAGUGUAGGUCAAUGUAGACGUGCUAUUGAGCAGUAUAAUUUCGCUAAUGAUGUAGUCCGCUUGACUUCUGAAAUGAAACAAACUCAGGAAAGAUAUAUAGAGAAUAAAAAGUUUGAGCGUGAAAUUGUGGACAAGUUAAAGAAAGAGUGUCUCAAGCCAAAAGGAAACAAAGACAUACCCGAAAGUUGAUGUGUGUUUAUAAAUACAAAUUCAUAUAGGAAUGAAAUAUAUGUACCUGAUAUCCGUGCAUGGUUCACUUUCACUUGGUUCUUCAAAAAACUCUACUAAUCGUUAUAAUGAGUCUUGUAGUCAAGUUAGAAUCCUAAUGAUUUUCAAUCCCUACACACUAGGAAUUCUUGCUACUUGACAACAGUAUCAAGUUAUGAUAGAAGUUGUAUGGAGAUUUUCGUGUAAGCUAAAACUGGUUUUAAUGAUGAUAUUUGAAGC